GCUCGACACCUCGGCGCGGUUCAUACCACCACGGCAUCCCUUACGCGUGGCCAUCGACUCCGCUCUCUCUGUCUCCACGCUCUCGUGUCCUCAUCAUGGCUUCGGAGUACAGCAGCCCGCCCCCAGAACCUCGUCACCAACCCCAUCCAUAUCUCCACGAGCCUUUGCUGUACAUCUCCAACCUCCCGGCGUUCGUGAGAGACGAAGAUCUUGCCGUCACGUUCCAGACAUGCGCGCCGUUCCGGCCGAACAUACAACGAGAUGGGUCCAACAGACCGUUGUCGGGGACGAUCGAGUUCAAGUAUCUGGAGAAGGCGGAGAAGGCACUUGCGACGCUGCAGGGCCGCCCGAUCCCCAAUCUACCCCAGAACGUUCCUCUUGUUCUCUCUCCGUAUCCUUCCACCACACCACCCACACCUCUUCCUCCCCCUAAUGCCUCUCCACGACUUGUGAAGCAACUUCCUCUAGGAUACACUGACUCACAACUUUACGACCUUUUCCGUCCGUUUGGAGCUCUCGCCUCGGUGCGCACGCAAGCCCCGUUUGGCAAAGACACCGGCGUGGUCGAGUUCUGGAGAGAGGAAGACGCUCGGGAGGCGGAAGACACGAUGCAUUGUGCCGAGGUCGAGGGCCAGAAUAUCGUCGUGCAAGUAUAUCAACCCCGCCGUGCUGGGGCGAUCGCGAGCGAGUUUUCUCCGAACGCUCCGUCGUUCAUCCCGACCGGCUCUGUAUUUCCAUACCCCGCUCAGUAUUCCCCGCCUCGGCAAUCACCCUAUGGUGGACCGCGUCAACAACAACCUCUGUUUAUCCAUGGCCCUGGACAGCAAGUGCAGUUGGCCCCGCUCUCUGGUCCCGGAUCCACCAGCCACUCUGGGCUCAUUGACCCUUGCAAUCUGUUCAUCAAAAACCUCGACACCUCGAUUGACUCCAACGGGCUUUUCUCGCACUUCCGUCAGUUUGGACAAAUUGUCAGCGCCCGUGUGAUGCGUAAUGAGCAAGGAGAGAGCCGUGGGUUCGGGUUCGUAUCUUACCAGACCCCUGACCAAGCUGCUGCGGCUAUGAACGCGAUGAACGGCGUCACACUCGGUACGAAACAGCUUGUGGUCCGCCUGCACGAGCCGAAGCAGCUCCGGCAAGAGAAGCUCGCUCAGCGUUUCGGCGGCCACAACGGGCAUCCUCGGAGCAGCAGCGGUGCGACAUCUCCGACGGCAAGCGAGGCGGGCGAGAGCUACGCUGGGUGGCCUAGCCCCAGCAGCCAUCCUGCUGUCCUUGGGUCACCCGUCAUGGGACAUCAUGAUCGGCCAGAUAACCGGGCUCGCCGCAGCUCUGGUAGCUUUUAUCACGCUGCACUCGCCGGCACGCUCAAUCUGCCUAUGCGCUAUGACGACCUCUCUGCGCUAUCUCCGGUCGUCCGGAAAGAGGUGCUCUCUGGCGAGCUCCAGCGGCAGAUCAAGGGCAUGGAUGCCGUUUCCAGCGACGAGCUCGAGUCGGUCGUGCAGGCUAUCGUGGGGCUGUCGCUGAGCGAGGUCGUACAGGGCAUCCAGGACCCUGCGAAGCUGUCCGAGCAGGUGCAGGCGGCGAAGAAGUCGCUGAACCUGUCGAAGGGGUCGUCGCCAGCGCCUCCUUCUCCGUCCCCCGCUGCCUCCCAGGACUCACGCCUCCUCGAUAUUGGUCCGAACGCGACUGCCUCCGCGCCCGAUCAUCCCUCUACGCCCCUCUCCAUGCCUGCGACGCUUUCCACACCCCCGAGGACCGAGUCUCCGUCUGGAUCGCUCACGACGCCCCAGUCUGAGCGCGAUCGCAUGUUUGCUGCCGUCUCGAAGCUCGAGUCCUCCCAAGUCUCAGAUCUCACCGACCUCCUCAUGUCGCUGCCCAAGCGCGAGCGCGCCAUGUGCCUGUUCAACGUAGAGGUGCUCCGCGCCAAGAUCGCGGACGCGAAGCUCGUCCUAGAAGUUGACGAGACCGAGGAACAGACGCCUGCCGUACAGACCGUCCCCGUCCCGCAGACCCCGCAGCAGCGCAAGGUGUCGGCUGCGUCGUUCGACUCGCCUCACACCCCAGAUCUGUCAUCUCGUGGGCCUAGCGCGGCAGCGAGCCCGACACCCGCGACUCCGAGCUCGCAGGUGCACACGAUCGCGUCGCUAGCGCGCCUGCCGGCGUCCGAGAUCAUCAAGCUCGUGCAAUCGUCGUCGGUGACGGGCUUGCCGCUGCCCAAGGCGGACCCGAUGGUUGUGAAGGCGACGGACGAAUUCAUCGAUAGUUUGCAGGACAAGCCGAUCAACCAGCAAAAGCAACAGCUGGGUGAUAAGCUGUGCGCCAUGUCCUUCUUGUGGUACGUAUGUUUUGCUAACUGCGUAUGUAGGUGGCGUGUUGUCAAGGCCUUUGGUAUCAAGGGUGCGCCCAAAAUCACAAUCGCUCUGUUGGAUCAGGACGACCUUCGUCCGCUUGCGCACCUGAUGAACAGUUACCCGUCGGUGCUUAAGGAAAAGGCUCUCCUUGUUCAAGCCGCUCAGUCCAAGUAAUCUCGCAAGUCUCGGUGCUCGUCGCCUGUCCUAUAUCCGCAGUGUCAACGUUCAGCUGCUCUUUCGGGUUUCUAUUCCUUGCCAGUGCUGUCAAUUGCCAUACCUCCUGAAAUCGACUCCGGACUGAAUGCCCAUCCUCGACAUACCACGUCUCGCACACAAAUUCUCGUUACCUUUCCCCGCCAUAGAUCGCGUCCGUUGCCCAUCCGGCGUCGGGUACGACACUGGUCCAGCAUCUGGUUCUCGCUCUCGCUCUCUAUCAAAUGUCAUCAAUCCCACACCUUUCCUUCUGUCUUUACAAUCUAAUGGAAUGACUCUCGUCAUCGUUACACGUCACAAUUCACACUGUUGCUUGUUUUACCCCCCCCCCCCCGCCUUGAUUCCUCCUCUUUUCCGUCCCCACACCAACACGAUGCACAACGAUCGUCGACGGACAUUGUCUCGUGUGGCGGUCGUUCCCGUCUCUCCCCUCUACUCUGUCGUAUCCCCGUUCACGCUCUUACCUCACCUAGCUACGCCUGUUCCUAUUACGACCUUUUAUGAUUGCUGCAAAUUCGUCCCUGACAUUUACUUUGCUUGUUCUGCCCUUGACGUACUUACCUGCCAUACUC